AUGGUGGGAUCUGCCGCUGCUGCAGUUCAAUCUGGUAUCGGAAACGUUGCAGCUGGAAGCGCUUUUGCGGUUCUCCAAAGCGCAGCAGCAGGCGGCAGUGGUGCUAUACUUGUCAACGGCGUCGCCGCGGGUACAGUCACCGCGAUUGCUGUCGCUGCUGCGGCUCCUGGACUCAUCAAAGCUAUGCAGGAAGGCAAGAAGGAGAUCACCGUCGAUGGUAUCACGUACGAGAUUGAGGACAAAGGAGAGGUAUAUUCCUCGCCAGCAGAUCAGUAG